UUCCGACCUGCUCUACAAGUGUGAUGAAUUGCAGUGCGCUCAGCAAAGAGAGAUUUCACUCUGAACUUGAUUCCCAUCCUACAUCCAAAAUGAACCAGACUUUUAAUUUAUCAAGUGACCCCUUUAAGAGCUCAGUUCCAGCCCCACAGAGAGAUGGGCAGAUUUCUGCAUCACCCGACCCCGACGGUAUUUCCAGCCUGAGUGAAAGAGAAGCCAGAGGCUCGCCUUACAUCAACACAGACUGCCGCCUAAAUGAACAGUCCUCUGUGGGUAAAAGCCGCACUGCCACCUCACAAGAGGAUCCUCUCUCUGUUGUUACUUCAAACAUGACUGAAGGAUUCAUUGUGACUCCUGGAAAUCAAAAUGGACCAACUGUAGCCGAGACAUGUAAGAGUUUUAUUAAGCAUGAAGAUCACAAUGCAAUAGAUGAAAAGAUCCCUUUGGAGAUUGCCGGAAUAGAGGGCAAGCUCAGUUUGUGUGGCGCUUCCUGUAGAAGAUCUAGAAAUGAUUGCAUCUCCCUAAGCUCUGGGGAAAUAAUAUUAAGAAAUCCCAGCUUUUGUCUGGAGGAUCAGUCUCUUUUAGUUUUCUCUUCAAUGGAGGAUUCCAGCUUUUCUCCAGCUGCAAGCUGCAUGCCUGCACCAUACGAGUCCAGCUUGUCAGCUUUUCUUCCAGAUGUCUGCAGAACAUCAGCAGAGAUGGGGACCAAGGAGAAUGUGGCGCACUCUAGCCUUGGUAUGACUUUCAUUCAGGAAAAAAGUACAGAGAAUCCCACUGGGGAAAAUGAUAUGGCACCAUCCAGCUCUGAUGUACCUCUGCCAAGUGAAAGUGGAGGUAGUCUCUUCACAACCUUCAUUUGUGAAACUCCUACAGACACUAUAGAAGGGGUCAGGCAGUCCGGUGCUGAUGUGGAUUUGCAGCCUCAGGUUUCAGAAGAGUUUACCCCAGAAGUUGGCAAAACCUUUGGGUCUGUUUCAUCAGGAAUGCUGGAAAGCGAUGAUGAUGUUCACACAUCUACUCCUGUGCAAGUCUUUGGGACCAAGACACCUAACCUCUCCUACCGCUCUCCUUGCAUUGAACACAUCAACGGCCCAGGUUUCCAGCUGGAGAAAAGGCAUCAUAUCUCCGUCACUUCUAAAGGCCGUCCGGUUGCAAGCGUUACUCCUUCAAUAUGCAAAGCUAAGAAAACAGAAUUACAGAGGGUUCCCAAGUCUGAUGUUAGUGCUGUGAAAUCUAAAGUCUUCAGUAGAUUGCAGCAGCAGGCAGCUGUGUCCGGCACCCCUAAACUGCAAAGGUCCCAGCAGGUUGAUAAACAGGAGAUUAAUAGAAAAACAGCUUUCAGGAUUACUGCUGCUAAGGUAAUGAGCAGAACUCCAGGUGUCUCUACCAUCUUUAAAACCUCUGAUCCUAAUGGACAGGUUCACAAAAGAGCUGCUAUGACAGGAGCAUCUGUUAAACCGCUAUCUAGACUUGCUGCAGCUUCUUCAGCAGACUCCAUCCCAGCUGUCAAAGAACAUGUUUCUGAGGUUCAGGGCACAGAAAGCAGCUUUAAGGAGAUGCAGGCAUCAGAAAGCCAGUUAUCAGAGGCAUCAGCACAACAUGCCACCAGCCUGAGCUGUGCUUCAAAUGAAAAUAAAUCCACAGCUGGAAAUGGCCCAGUGGAGCCCAAACCCACUACAAAGAAGGAUGUUUCAAAUCAAAUUGGGGUCCGUUCUGGAUCGGUUUCAGGUCAGGACAGGCCUACCGUUGGGAUGACGCAGCCUCGCUCGUCCUCUGAGAGUUCAGCAACAUCUAGGCCACUUAAAGAGAAUAAAGCACCUCAAGGAGUUACGGCGAGUUUGCCUGUUUCUCAAGAGGACAGCGUGAAGAGCUCAGCUAAAGCAAGCAACGUGAAGGGCCCUCCCCAACAGAAACCCGUUGAGAGGACAAACCGUUCUGUUGAAAACUCCAGAGGUGUAAAGAAGAUCAGUCUGGUGGCAGAGCCCAGCAGAUCAACCAUAGCAAGACCCCAGCUGAAUGAAAGCAAAAGUAGAUCUCAAGGCCAACCUUCCCCCAGACGAGCGAGAGGAGCUUCACUUUCCCAGCCUCCAGCCGCUGGUUCCAGAGCAGCUCCUCUGUCAGCCAGACUCAGACUGGGAGUGCUGGGGAGGCCUGAGGACAGGAACUCAAGAACUGCUGGGAAAGCCCAAAGUAGUGAAAGCAGUCAACGAGCCCAGGCUGCAGAGGAGCCAUUCGUAGGCACCAAGCGCCAGCAAAAUGCAUCCAAGCCUCCUCAAACUCCUAGUCGACCUUCAUCUAUGGGCCCUCCUGCUACUCCUGCAGUUAGACCACCAAGGAAGAUGCUGGGACAGGAAUCUAAGAGAACAACAGUUUCUGGAGGAGCAGCAAACAAGCAAACACCAUUUAAACCUGUUUUGCUGAGACCAAGACUCAUUUCAACCCCUGCAAAAAACACUGGAUCAGCUGUGACUACAGUCUGCCGGUCUGCAACUUCCACAAGCAAGGGAGCAUCAAGUUCUGCCACCAGUCCGCAAAAAAAGACAAAUUAUGGAAGACCUGCCGAGCAAAUUUCAGUUGGAACUGUGAACAAGUGCAAGACCAGCGCCAGGCUACCUCAACAGCAGCAUUCCAAUACAACCAGGAGGACUGGGUCCCAGAAAGUGGUACAGGAUGAAGGCCGACAGCAGAAGAUCCAGCAGCUUGAAAAACCCCUUGCAUCCAGCGACCGCAGGUUUCAGGCCCUCGUCAUCGUUCUACAGCAAACUUUGGCUGAGCGUGAUGAAGCCACCAGGCAGAGCAGACAGCUGUCUCAGGAACUGGCCAACCUCAAAGGAGAACUGGCUUCUUCUGUCCACUCGUCUGAGUGCCUGGAGAGGGAGAAGGAAGAGCUGCAUGCUGCUCUGCACCAUGCAACACAGAAACUACAGGAAGAGCACAGAAAGGAGCUUGCUGAGCUGGAGCAGCGGCUACAGGCUGCUCACAGGGCUGAAUGGGACCAUGUUCAGCUCACCUAUCAGGAGGAAGCAAACAAAUACAAGACCCUCAUGCAGCAGCAGAUGGAGGAACUGAAAGCCAACCAUGAAGCCAUGAAGAUGCAACUAGAGAGCUGCCAUGCAGAGCAACUGCAGUCAGUCAGGCAGCAGUAUGAAACCUCUAUGGAAGAACUCAGGAAGGUCCACGCACAGGAACUCCAAUCUAUUGAGAAGGCUCUAAAAGAUACAAAAACCUCUCUGUCUGCACAGAUUCAGGAGCUGACAGUAGAGAAUAAUGUCCUGUUAGAGAAGCUAGCUGCAGAGGAGAGCAGGAGGAGAGAGCUGGGUGAAAACACUCAGAAAGACUCUCACGCUCUGUAUUUGGAGCAGGAGCUGGAGAGUCUCAAAGCAGUGCUGGAUAUAAAAAACGAACAGCUCCACCAGCAGGAGAAGAUGAUGAUGGAGAUCAGCAAACUGAAGGAGAGAAAUGUGAAGCUAAAUGAGAUCCUCAUAAAGGUCCAGCAGGAGAAUGAGGACCUGAAGGCUCGAAUGGAAAGGCACGCCGCUCUGUCAAGACAGCUGUCCACAGAGCAGGCCGUGCUGCAGGAGUCCCUUCAGAAGGAGUCAAAGGUCAACAAGCGGCUUUCUAUGGAGAACGAGGAGCUGCUCUGGAAGCUCCAUAACGGAGACUUGAGUAGCCCCCGCAAGCUGUCCCCCAGCCCUACCUCACCCUCCCACCCCUUCAAGCUGCAGUCCCCUCGCAGCUCCGGCUUCUUCUCCAGCUCCCCCGUCUCCCCCAGAUAACAGUGGGCCCCUGCUUCCAGGAAGCAGACCGCUGUGUUUGGUUAUUCCUCUGGAACAAAAGCUGUGAUUGGAUCCUGUCGAUGGAACGGACCGAGACCCGGAUCAACUCAAUCACCUCCUGUACAAACAUGCAAAAUACUGUAUAAAAAAAAUAUGUUGCACAGAAGCACUUAAAGCCACCUUGUUCUUUGCCUUUGACACCUGAUCGGAUUGAUAAAGAUGGAGGAAAAAAAGAAUCUCAGGACUUUUAUGUACUGAAAUACUAUUUUUGUUGUUUGCUAUCAGAGGUUUGUUUUCCCGAAGCUCAGCACACGCUAACAAACGGUACAUGCAUGCACCGUUAGCCUUUCCCUGUUAAAGAUGGCUGACUUUCUGUGAUCCAGGACUCCACAGCCAGAAUCUGACUACAGGAUAGUUUGGGUUGUAUAUAUUUAUUCAGAAUAUCUAAGAAGCUGGAAUUGUUUUGUUUGGACUUUUGCACCUUUUCUCACAAUGCUAACAGUCAGUUUUACUUUCAUACACUGGCCUUCUACACCCAGUUCCUUAAAGUUGUUUUAGUGUGGAUGGUGUGUGUUCCUAUUAUUCCCAGUCAGCUUAGAGAUCUCCUGUGGUCUGUGGUUUUCUUUAAGCAGGAUAUCAUUCCAAGUCUUGCUUCUUGUGUUUGAGUUUUGUUUGUGAGGAAGGAAUAUUCCUCACACAGCUUUAAAUGUACGAUUCUGUUUUCAGGUUUGCUUGUAUAUAUCAGGAACAUCAGAUUUUUGAAAGGUAGGAAUAUGUCGUGUGGAAAUGUAUACCAGAUAUGCUGAGCCUGUUUGAAAUAUGCAAUUAAUAAAGACUUGUAUUAAACGUGAAGGGAAAUUAUUGACUACAGAUUAAAUGCUAAAGAGACAGCAUUUAAUCUAGUAGAGGGCAUACAGCCUGAAUGUGAGCUCUUUAAUCCGUUAUUGGAUGUAAUCCAGCACACAUCUCAAAUCUGUAAUCAUUGUUUUUGCAGUGCAGGAGUCAUUGCACCAGUCCAAACUGGGCUCGGUCGCUGCAGAACACAUUCCACAUAAGGAGCACAUUAGCAAAAAAUCCAACUUUAAACCAGAUUCCAAUGUCUAGCAGUGCAAAAAAAGUCAGACUGCUGUUUUGUUUUGAGUUUUUAUUUGUUUGUUUUUUUGCAUACAUUUUCAGUUUAAUUUGGAAGGAGGAGAAGGUUUCCCUGGAUCUUUACUGUUCUUUUUCACCAAGAAAUUCUCCUUUAAUGGUUUACCUCAUCUUAACAUCUGUAUGUGAAACAACUUUUUUUUUUUCCCCUGUGAGGUUUUUAAUUGGCUGCCUUUGCUGCUCUUGGCACUUCAGUUUAGGUGACAGUUUUUGUUUUUUAUUCUCUCCUGCUUUGUGGAA